AUGGAUAGCAUCGAUCAGAACGUGAUGCAGCAGGUUAUUUCAGCUCUAAAUGAAUUCCAUACAACAACAGAUCCAAAACGAUCGCGAGAAUUAAAUAAUGCACUGAAUACGUUAACAAAAUCUGAGAAAGGAUUCAUGAUGUCAUUUCAUUUCCUUUCUUUCGAUCAGCCAACCACUGUUCAACAUUUUGGCGCAUGUAUUUUUUACGAAACUCUACGGGAACAGUGGGAGAGGUACUUAUCGAAUGAUGUACUGGUUGCACGAAUCAAGAAGACGCUUCUGGAAAAAUUGGCACUGGGUGCUUCAUUUCUAAACCAGUCAGUUACAAACAAGCUUACUUCAUCACUUGCAAUUUUCGCCUUGUAUUGUAUACCUGAUAUUUGGCCGGAACCGAUUCAUGAUCUAGCUACAGUCUGGAGUGACAAACCAGAAUUGCUGCUACGUGUUUUGGCUGAGUUACCGGUUGAAUUCGACCGCGUGCAUUUGCAUUUAGAACAGCGAUCCAUUUUAAAAUCAUCUUUACAUCAAAACGCUGAGGACGUCAUAAGGAUUAUCAAUAUAAUUUUAUGUGAUGAAGAUGCGCAGCCGUCUUUGAGGAACGCAGCAGUCGAGUGUCUUGAACAAUGGCUUAAGUUACCCGGUUGUGAUUUAAUGCAGUGGCAACCAGCACUUCUACCAUUUUUAGGAAAUAUUGUUGAUAAAGCUGCAUUAGCUCGAAUUUUAAAUGUUCUCUCAACACAUGCAGAUUUGCGUUAUAUGGAAAAUUUAGCUAUGGAUCUGGCUACGUUUCUGGCAAGCAUCACAUGCGUGGCGAUAACUGAACAGCUUGAUUUCUUAAACGAGCAGUACAAAGAAAUAACCAAUGCUAAUAGAAAUGAUUAUGUAUCUGAGCUUGAAGAUUAUGGAUACUUAGUGUCCUCUUUGGCUGGAUUUUUUGAAAUUACAAUGCGCUCAUUGCUGAUCGGCUGUAUUCAAAAGCGGAAUGACGAAGUCCUGAAGUUACUAUGCACGUUUUUUGAAAAAGUCUCCAUGUGGCCUGGUAUUUAUUGCUACGAUGAGAUCAUAUCAGACGCUUCAGAAACUUUUUGGAACAUUCUGAAAGAAGAUUUACUCUCUCUGGCAGCGUCACGUGGCAUUGAUGGCCUGACAAGUGAUUUGAUUGCUGAUUGUAAUGCAUUUUAUACACGAUUAUUAUGGUCUGCUGCAACGAAGCUUGCAUAUCCACCUCAAGACAUACUUCAACAAUUCAGCUUGGAACAAAUCGAAAAAUUUGAGAGAUAUCGUUUCCAACGAGUGGAAAUUUCAUUGAAUGCUUAUGAAAUUAAACCAUUCGAGUGUACAUCGAUAUUGGUAAAAUUAUUAGAUGAAGCGGUUAAGAAAGGCAAUAUACGCGAGAUUGAGUCAGUUCUGUAUCUAUUUGAACGAAUAGCAGAUUACAUGACAGAGAAUGACGAUAUCACCAUCAAUGAGAUCUUAAAGCAUUCAGCAAUUCUUCUAUCUUGGCAAAUUUCCGAUGACAUUUACGCAGCGAGCCAACUUGGGAAAUCUUUAAUGAAUCUUUUCUACUCGUUGUCGCAUCUCAUAUGUACUGGAAACGAAGCAAACAAGCAGGAAUCAAUUUGUAUCAGGCUUGCAGUGUUAUUCAUCGAUGUAUCCGGUUCUACUGAAGAAGCACUCAAAACUCUUGAUAAAUUUCUUGAGUCUCGAACUUCUCACAUUGAAGUGAUUGAUCUGGCAGUUCAGAGAUGUUAUCAGUUUUUCAUAAAUGACCAUCAUUGUUGGAAAUUACGUAUUUACGCUCUUCGAUGUGUGGGCUUAUCUUUAGCCCUUCAUGAUUCAGAAGAUGCUCUGAAAUGCCUUAAUUCAAUCCUUGCACCACGCCUCAGUACUUUACAGAUGAUUGUUGAAGGUCAUAUACAGACGAGUUCACAGUCAGAAAAGAGUCUUGAAGAUGAAUGUGCUUUUGAGCUUGAUGUUCUUUGUACUUUAAUUGAUACUCAGAAGCCCAAAGCGAAUACUCAUACAAAUUGUGAGCAGUCAAGAAAUCGAAAUGGGAGUGUAGUUCACAGCAUCUUGUGGCCAUCGCUUCCCUUAUUGUUGGAUUUACUCCGGAACUUCAUGUCUUCUCAAAUCUUAGUUGAGAAAGUCUGUGAUGUUUUACGUUCGGGCAUGGUAGCCAUUGAGGAUAAUGUGGAGACAUUAUUUGAGUCAUAUUGUGAUGUCAUUGAUUUUGUCGUACUCAAACAUCCGAUUGCUGCUUGCAAGUUAGCAAAAUCAUUAAUCUUAAUAUGCUCAAGCAAAAGUAUCGAUGACAUGACAAGGAAACUGGCAACACGAAUGUCGUUGUGGUUUACCAUUAUCAAUGAAUCAGUAAAUGAAUUCUGUGAAGAAUAUAUUGAAUUGGCUUAUCAUAUUGUGAAGAAGGAUUGGAAGUUCGUAUGUAUUUCAACACUACAUGGAUGGAAUUUUCUAAGGGCUGUCCGUGAUAUGUCGCUCAAGAUAUUAUCCAGUAGCAGUGAGACGAAUUUGUGUCGAAAAAGUUCAGUUUUGCUAGCUACGAUGAUUAGGAACAUAAUGCAUUGUGACAAAUUCUCUGAAGUUCUUCAUGAAGCUGGAGAAUGUGUUAUAAAUGUUGUAUUCAACCGAUUGCAAACUGAAUUGAUGAAAUCAACUACAGAAGCUCUUUCGGAGAUUUUGAUGUUAAUUGCUCGAAUCUACCCUCAGGAAACCAGGCGUUGUUUAAACGAUCUACCGCAUGGCAAUGCUCAAGAAGUUGUUAAUAUGUUAAAAGAAACUCAUAAUGCCAAGACUUUCAAAUAUCUGGCAUUACAGUUCAACUUGAAAAGACGAAAAGAUGUGAAAACCUGA